UUGCGGUCUGCGCGAGCUACAGAACGAGCGAAGGGAACCAAGAUGGCGGACCUCGAAGACGUUACGCUAGACGGCAGGCCGCUCCAUUCGCUCCGGGUGGCGGAUUUGAAAGCCGCGUUGGAAGAGAGAGGGCUUCCGAAAAGCGGACAGAAGAAUGCUCUCAUCAAGAGGCUGAAGGGGGCUCUCAUGUUGGAGAACCUUCAGAAAACCUCUUCUCACCACAUUGGCCUGCAGCCCAACUCCCGGAUUGGGGAGGAGAUGAGCCAGAACAGUUUCAUUAAACAGUACCUGGCGAAACAGCAAGAACUGCUCAGGCAGCGCUUGGAGAGAGAGGCGCGGGAAGCUGCUGAGAAUGAUGGAACAGAUCAAGAAGACCACACAGAAGCCAAUGACAGCAAGGUCUGCCCUGCCCCUGCCCAGGAUGACCAACACAAACCCACAGCAAGUGAGGGUGAUGAUCACAGAGAGAAAGAACAGCCAUCACCCUCCGUACCUGCUCAGCCUGGGGCGAUAGCUUCUUUGUCAGUUCGGGUUGUUGGUGAAAGAGGGCCGACCUCAAGCCGUGCACCGGCUGACAGUGAUGAUGACAGCGAGGGAGGGGAUGACAAUGACAACGAGAAGGAAGAGUGCAAAAUGAAUGCUCAGCGAAGUGUGCCAAAAAGCCAGCCGGUGAGGGAAAGAUCUGGUGGCUCACAGCAACAGCAGCAUCCACCCCCCCAACACAUACCCUUGUUAUCACAGCAGCUGAGACAGCCCACUCCGCCCCCGUCCCCUCCACCUGAACUCUCAUUCCCACUCCCAGACACCCCCAAACAGAGCCCCCCAAGUCCAGGAGAGCUCCCGUCUAGACAGCGCAUGUCUAGCUCUUCCAGCUCCGGCAGUACGAGUAGUGACAGUCGUAGCAGUAGCCCCGAACCAGCAGGCGAUUCCUCAGAACGCAGACCAGGUCCUCUGACCUUACUGGCGCGAAAGAUGGAGUCUGAAGGAGCUUUCUCUGGAGCUGGAAAGCAUGAAAGACAGGCCGUACCUGCAGGACGAGGCCACAAAGAGGGAGUCGUGUCUGCAAUUACUCACACAGCCAAUGCAGCAUCAGUUCUGUCAUACCCCAGUUCGGUGAUCUCCAACCAGGGAGUUAGUGUUGUCAGGACAGCGGUGAUAGAAGAGAGCGAUGCCAUGAAGCAGGAUGGGGAAGGCCAUCUUUUGUGGGAGCAGGAAAAGCGGGAAAGACAAAAAGAACAAGAGAGGCUGAAAGCUCUUGAAAAGGAGAGAGAGGAAAAGGAGAAGGCAUUGGAGCAAGAAAGGCAGGAACGAGAAGAAGCUCUAAAACGGGAGAGGGAAGAGAGAGAGAGGGCUUUACAACGAGAACGGGAAGAGAAGGCGAAGGCGUUGGAACUAGAGCGAGAACGAGCGCUGGAAAGGGAGCGAGCGUUGGAGAGAGAAAGGCUGGAAAGAGAGCAGGCUCUGGAAAGGGAGAGGAUUGAAAAAGAACAGGCUCUGGAGCGAGAGAGGGUAGAAAGAGAAAAGGCCAUGGAAAGGGAGAGACUGGAGAGAGAGAGGGUAGAAAGAGAAAAGGCCAUGGAAAGGGAGAGACUGGAGAGAGAGAGGGUAGAAAGAGAAAAGGCUCUAGAAAUGGAGAAACUGGAGAGAGAGAGGAUGGAGAGAGAGAGACUGGAGUGCGAGAGGGUAGAAAGAGAAAAAGCUCUAGAAAUGGAGAGACUGGAGAGAGAGAGGAUAGAAAGAGAAAAGGCUCUAGAAAUGGAGAGACUGGAGAGAGAGAGAUUAGAAAGAGAGAGACUGGAGCGAGAGAGGAUAGAAAGAGAAAAGGCUCUAGAAAGGGAGAGACUGGAGAGAGAGAGGUUAGAAAGGGAGCGAGCUCUAGAAAAAGAGAGGCUGGACCGAGAAAGGUUGGAGAGAGAGAGGAUAGAAAAAGAGCAAGCUCUGGAAAGAGAGAGACUGGAGAGAGAGAUGAUUGAGAAAGAGCAAGCUCUGGAAAGAGAGAGGAUCGAAAAAGAACAAGCUUUGGAGAAGGAAAGACUUGAAAGAGAAGCCGCUUUGGAGCGAGAGAGACAAGAAAUGGAGAAGGAACGCAAGAGACAGGAGAAGCAAGAGAGAGAGAUGGCCUUAGAACGAGAAAGACUUGAGAAGGAGAAAGCAGCUUUGGAACAAGAGCGGUUGCAGAGAGAGCAAGCUCUCGAGCGUGAGAAGGAGGCUCAAAAGAAAGCAAAGGAGGAGAAAGAGCGAGCCUUGGAAAAAGAGAGAGAGGAGAGGGCUUUACAAGAGGAGAAACAGAGAGCAUCGGCGGAGAAGGAAAUAAGAGCGCGGGAAGAAAAGGAAAAGGCUUUGAAACAAGAACGAGAGGAGGAACGAGAGAAAGAAAGAGAAAGUCGUCUUCCUCCGUUGAAGCGUGGUCGUGAUAUCGGUGGUUUCUCUCGUUCAGUGGCCCAUCCUGAGAGUCAGUCGGAGAAGCCUGAGGAUAGUGAAGAUGCUCGAUCUACAGAGCCUGUCCCACAAGAGUCACCCACACCUGCGACACCAUUAUCCUCUCAAUUGUCCUCUAAGAAGUCUCGCUUUCUCAGAGAUGCUCCUACGACUCCUCUCCCAUCCUCUCCAGCUUCUGUGUUAAAGAGACCUCGGUCCUUCUCAGACAAACCCGUGCCACAAGCCCCUGUAAUUCCGUUAGCAGCUAUACCUGGAGAUGCAGUGCAAGAUGAUGCCGAUCAGGCUUCUCAAACACCACUACAGACUGUGAGGCAGAAGGUCCUUGUUUCAGCUCCCCGUGGGUUAGAGAGCAAGACCCCAGAUCAUUCAGAGGAUGCUCAGAAACACGAGGAAGAGAAGAUGGUGGUGUCAGAGGCACCCAAAGGGCUGCAGGACAGUGAAACAAGCGAAGACACUAAACGCGAGACGCCCGGGAGAGUUGAGGAUGAAGGGAAAUCUCCAUCGCCUCCACCAGGAGAGAAGAAAAGAGGAAGGGAAAGAGAAAAGAAAGAGAUGGAGAAAAGAGAAAGAAAAUCGUCGUCGUCCAGCGAUAGUUCCUCAUCUGACUCGGAUUCUGGGUCUUCAUCCUCCUCGCGUUCCUCUAGUUCAUCAUCAUCCUCGCAGGAGAAAACCCGUACUAGUUCAGCUGAUAGGAAGUCGAAGGAAAUCCAGAAAGAGUCGUCUCGGCACAUGGAUGAAGUUAUCCAAUCUGAAGCUGUGAUUGAAAAGCCACCCACAGCCCAGCGCAAAAAACGAGUCUUCACAGAGCAGGAGGAGAAAUAUGUCAGCAAUGUAGAUGUCGUUCAGACUAAGAGACCCUGCCUUGAGCCACAGGAUGAGAAGGAAACAGGAGGAAGAAAGGAACAUAUUGGGGAAGAUGAUAUUAUGGAAUACACUACAAGUGAGGUGAAGGAGACAGUCAUGGCCGAGCCUGAGAAGCUACCAGAGAGCAGUGAGGAGAGCACCACGCCAAAGACCUUCUCUGCCCGGAAAAUCUCACUCAGCAGCAGCAAACCGUCUCCGGGAGUGGUGAAUUCGGAAGGAGAAACUGAGGGCACAAGCGGGGCUGCUGCUGGCAGGAAGAGGAGAUGGGGCUCAAGUACAGCUGUCACUGCCAAGAAACCCUCCAUCAGCAUCACCACAGACUCUCUAAAGUCUUUAAUUCCUGACAUCAAGCCUAGCUUGGGCCAGGAGUCCGUUCUAGAUCUGCAUCCAGAAGAGGUGCCUCUUUCUGGGGACGAGGAAGGCGGGGAGAGAGGUGACCAAGACCUGAAAAUCAGACGAACUGUGACACAGGUCGUGCCCUCUGACACACAAGAGAAUGGACAGAAGGAAUCCAAAAGGGAUGAUCGUGGAGAUGAGGAGGAAAGAAACGACAGACAGGAUAGACUUAGCCAGGAGGAGAAAAUAAAAGACUCCGUUCAGAUUUCCAUGGACGCAGAGAACUCUUCCCCUGGCCAUGAUGUGGACGUGAAGACGGUGACUCACAGUGACACAUUGAUCAGGCGUUCCAUUAGCCAGCAGAAGUCUGGAGUAAGCAUCACCAUUGAUGACCCAGUCCGCACAUCCAAGCAACCGUCUCCUCCUCGUAGCAAGCUGUCUAACAUCAUCCAUAUCUGCAACCUGGUGAGACCGUUUACGCUGGGCCAGCUGAAAGAGCUGCUGAACCGCACUGGUGCUGUAGUCGAGGACGGUUUCUGGAUCGACAAGAUUAAAUCUCAUUGCUACGUCACAUACUCCAGCACAGAAGAGGCAAUGGCCACACGGACGGCACUACAUGGGGUUAAAUGGCCCCAGAGUAAUCCAAAGUUCCUCAGUGUUGACUUCUGCAAUCAGGAGGAAUUGGACUUCCAUAGGGGUCUAGGUCCGGCGGGAGAAAAGCCACCGGAGGAGACCCAAAGGGUAGCAGCUGCCGGGCCUGGCCGUACGGUUCCCCCACCUCUCCUUCCAGAGCGUGACCAGUGGGCUGAACGAGAGAGGGAGAUGGAAAGGCGGGAACGUGCGCGUGCAGAUAGGGAAUGGGACCGAGAUAAAGUGAGAGACUUGAGCAAACCCGGAGAAGAACGGGAGGCUGGGGCCAGACGAUCGCGAUCUAGGGAGCGCGAGAGAAGGCGUAAGGAGAGAGGGAAGAGCAAAGAGAGAAAGGCGGACAAGAAGGAAAAAGGUCCCGAGGAGCCACCUGCUAAACUGCUGGAUGACCUGUUCUGCAAAACCAAAGCAGCCCCCUGCAUAUACUGGCUCCCCCUCACUGAAGAACAGGCAGCACAGAAGGCAGAGGCUCGUGCCGAGCGCAUGAGGGAAAGAGAGAAGAGGAGAAAGGAGAUGGAGGAGGAAGAGGUUAAAAAGCGCGAAGAGGAGCGCAGGGAGAGAAUGAAGGCCAGCGGUGCCGCCGGAGGAGACGGCGAGAGAGACCGUGACAGAGGUCGAGAGAGGGAUCGGGAGGGGGAUAAGCGAAAGGAAGGAUAUCGCAGGCCUGGCGGAAACAGCGCAAGCGGGAGCAGAAGGUCACGAAGCCGCAGUGACCCUCCACCCAGAGAUCGACGGCGCUAAGGAAAAUCUGGAACUGUCCAGUUUGUAACCCCAGUUCCUGGACGUGCUGUAACAGCUCUAUGCCUACCUGAGGACCAACUCAGACUCUACACAAACACACACACUGCAUAAAGACACACACGUGCACACGCUCAUUGGGACCACGGUGGUGCUGUGUCUCCAUGUAGACUCUUGUCUUGUCUGGGCUGUAAGACUCCCAGUGUUCAUUUCCCUUUCUCAGUGUUAAUGGACUUCUGGUAUACGUGGACAGCUGAUGGAGUGCUGUCCUCGAGCCCUAGCCUCCGCCCUCUUCUCACGUUUUUAGGUAGUGUUUUUUUCUUGAGGUUUGGUGAAGUCCUCUUUCUCCUUCAGUGUAGUGUUCACACGGAUGGACGAGCGAAGCUGCCUUCUGCGAGAUGUUGAUCUGAAAGCUUUGGUGUGACUUUUGUCCAGACUUCGUGUGUUUUAUUUCCCUUCCCAUUAAAUUUGUCUCGUUUUAUCAUGUCCGCCUUUUACCGACCUUUUGCUGUUACCCACGUUGUCAUGGAGAAUGGGAUGCGUAUUUAACCUUUCACAUUUGGUUUUAAAAAGCUUUUUUUAUCGUUUAAGCGUAAAAGCUGACCUUUGUUUUCUUUAUUUUUUGUUUACUCCUGUAAGUGCUGAAUGUACAAAUAAUAAAAAGGUUACAUCUAAGAUCUGAAAA